CAAUGUUGAUUAUUAUUAAUAUUACCUUGUCUGAACCAGUGGUUUAAUCCAGGAUGUAUUUCCGGUAUGGUAUGACGUCAGUGGGCAGGUAGUGCGCUCAGCUGAGUGGAGGGAGGGGCUAGCAUUUAGCAUUUAGCUGUUGUUAGCUCCGGGUGCAGAGUGUAUGUGUGAGGUCCCUGUAGAUCUCAGGGAUUCGAACCCUCAGUGCAACAUGUCUCGGUUCAGCUCGGACGUGGAGGACGAGCCGGACACACCGCUGCUCCACCGGGGACACGAGGACAAAGUGCACAGAGCUCCCGUGUGCUGCUCCUCCCGCUAUGGCCUGGCCCUGCUCUCCUCUUACGGCUUCUUCGUGGUCUAUUCUCUGAGGGUGAACCUCAGCGUGGCCAUGGUGGACAUGCUGAACAUCACCCACCAGGCCGACGCCAACCACAGCGGCACAGUGUGUCCGGCUCAUGCAAACCCUGCACGGCCCCAACACAACCACACGGCCAGUGUGUACGACUGGGACUCGGAGACGCAGGGCUGGAUCCUGGGCUCCUUCUUCUACGGCUACAUCCUGACUCAGAUCCCCGGCGGCUAUCUGGCCGGCCGCUACGGACCCAAGUGGCUGAUGGGCUUCGGGAUCCUGGGAACUGUGGCUUUCACACUGCUCACCCCCGUGGCUGCCGACUUGGGUGCAAGCUACCUCAUUGCUGUCAGGGUGCUGGAGGGGAUCGGAGAGGGAGUCACGUUUCCAGCGAUGUACACCAUGUGGGCGGCCUGGGCCCCCCCGCUGGAGAGGAGCCGGCUGCUCACCAUCUCCUACAUCGGAGCCCAGCUGGGGACGGUGAUAUCUCUUCCUCUGUCUGGUGAAAUCUGCUUCUACCUCGACUGGACCUACGUCUUCUACGUGUUUGGUGCUAAUGGUCUGCUGUGGUUCAUCUUGUGGGCGUUUCUGGUCUUCGACAGUCCCAACACUCACCCACGGAUCUCAGAGCGGGAGAGACUCUACAUCACCAACUCACUCAAGAACGAGCUGUCCACAUCUGCAGGCUACAUCCCCUGGAGAGCCAUCGUGACCUCCAGGCCGCUGUGGGCCAUCGUCGUGGCUCACUUCUCCUACAACUGGACCUUCUACACCCUCCUCACCCUGCUGCCCACCUACAUGAACGACAUCCUGGGAUUCAGCAUUCAGCAGAAUGGUUUCCUCUCCGCUCUGCCCUACCUGGGCUGUGCUGUGUUCGCGGUGCUGAGCGGGCAGAUUGCAGACUACCUGAGGGAAACCUGCCGGACGCCCACGGUCACCGUCAGGAAGGUGUUCUCCCUCAUCGGUAUGAUCGGGCCGGCCGUGUUCCUGGUGGCUGCGGGUUACACCGGCUGUGACUACGUCCUGGCGAUCACCUUCCUCACCAUCUCCUCCGCCCUGGGUGGAGUGUCGGCCUCUGGAUUCAACAUCAACCACCUGGACAUCGCCCCCUCGUAUGCUGGGAUUCUGCUGGGAAUCACAAACACCUUUGCCACCAUCCCUGGCAUGGUGGGACCAGUCAUAGCAAGAGCCCUCACCACUAAUAACACCAUAGAAGAAUGGCAGACGGUCUUCUACAUCGCUGCCUCCAUCAACCUGGUCGGAGCCUUGUUCUACGCCGCGUUCGGCCGAGGGACGGUGCAGCCCUGGGCCGUCCACACGUCCCUGUCCCAUCACGGGGACUGAGGCGGAGGACGAGCACCGGACUUGGACGUGUGACGAUGGACAAAUCACAAUCGUGGGUUUAGUAAACAGGUAGUAGGGCGGCGCUGCUAAUUCGCAAAGCUCAGUAACAGUGAGGAGCAGCCUUGAUUGUUUUUCUGUGAACUGGGUCGUGACCAAGCUGCAGUGACAGAAGCAGAUUUGCACUUUUAGUUCAGGAGAAAUGUUUUAGAAGACGAAAUAACAAAUUGAGCCGAGUCAAAGAAACACUGUUCAUCUCCGAGGCGUCUCAGCAUGAGGGUCAGCUCUGGUAUUAACUAGUUAGAUAAGAUAAUCCUUUCAGUUUAGAUAGUUCAAGCUUGAUGAACAUAUCGUGAAACACAAACGAUCCCACUUCCUUUACUUUGUGGUUUUCAGGGUUCCCAGUUAAAACCAAAUUAUUCCUCUCAGUUGUUAUUUCUGCCUCCGGAGCAGAUCUCUCUGCUCGAGCUCUUUUACCCGUCUUGAGUUUUAUUGCCCGAGUGAAAGUCCACACUCUUCAGAAAGACGUUGUCUCACACUUUUGUGUGUACAGUUUGGGAUAACACAAAAGCUGCUACACUACAACCCUUAAGGAAGUGCCAGUAAUGCCUCGUUCACACUGCAGGAUUCUCUACUCGCCACCACAAGCCCCAGACAGAAGCCAAACGCUGGUUCUUCACUUGUGAACUCUUUGAAGAGUCUUAGCAGCUCGAGAGUCGUGCCAACACGUUACCAGAUGAACACGUGACGACUGCAGCCAAUGACUCACAAAGUCUGAACUUUGUUUAAAUGUUAAAACGGUUAAAAAUGUUUGCUUUAGAAUAACAAACGUGUCAUCACCAGCCAGGUGGAUCCGGUCUUUUUGUUUUAGAUGAAGGCUGCACAGCACAAACACCUUCUGGGGAAAAUGCCUUAAAGUGACACCUCAUUAUAUUAUUUCAAAGCUUUUUGUCUUUAACGAGCCUCUUUGUAUAUUACUUAAAUACACUUUGAAGUAAUAUACGAAGGCAACUGGACUCGAGAUUCUUCAAGAUGUUUUUCCCCCUCAGUCUUUUUUUUUAACCAUUUCUUUGUAUUUACUUGCUCAGACGGGGCAGUAAAAGGAUUUUAUGUGUACACCAGUGUGUGUUGUCUUCUCAGGUUUGUCCCCUGGGAACCUCUUUAGUAGCAGCCAUGAGUUAAAGCCCCUGGAAAGGGCCGGUCAUGACUUUCCAGUCUGUAACACUAAGACGAUGUUAAGCUGCAGGUGUAACCAAAGGGAAAGAAAGAGGUUUGGGCCAAUUCUCAGGUAUCGUGAGUCAAACUGGGACUAGAGAGAUAGUUUAUGUUUUACAUCUUGAUUCACCACAUCGAGGUGCGUCCUCAGUUUUUAAACCAUUUUUUAAAACCAGAUUUUGACCACAGAGAGAAACAUUUAGUCCUGGAGGACAAGUAGCACGAUCGUCCCAUUUCAAGAUGGAAACGUCCUCGUGCCUUAUUCCAUUAUCUUAAAAAGGGAUCAGACAGUUCAAGUGUUUUAUUGUUGUUUUAAUGAUUCCUUCUGUUCUCUGCUCUUUUCUUACUUCAGUUUCACAUUCAUGUUGAGUUUAAAAGGGACUUUUGUAUGAUAUGCUGUAAAUAAACUACACCAAGUGAAAUCAAUGUAAACUUCACCCUGGGAACCUCCCAGUAGGAACGUCUGAAAUCAGUGUCAUGUUCUGUGAAUACUUCAUCAUAUAAAGCUACGCUUCAAUCUCA